AUGAGAGGUCAUUCUGCACUACUGAGUGCUUUGGUGGAACGCUGGAGGCCGGAGACUCACACGUUUCAUCUUCCGGUCGGUGAAGUGACGGUGACGCUGGAAGAUGUGAGCUAUAUUCUUGGUCUCCCGAUUAAUGGGGAGGCUGUUACGGGUAAAUCAGAUAGCAGCCACCAGUUUUUGGUGGAGAACUGCAUUGCGUGCUUUGCUCGAGAGCCCGGUCCGGAUGAUCACGUGUUGGGAAAGGUUAAUAUUGCUUGGGUCCGGCGGUGCAGAGACACCGAGCCGUGUGAUACUCAGGAGUCUCUCGAGCGGUACAUCGGAGCGCACAUUUUCUGCGUACUGGGUACAAUUGUGUUUCCGGAUAAGUCGACCGUUUCACUGAACUCGAAGUUUCUACCGCUACUUAGGGAUUUCCACCGGAUUUCAGAGUAUAGUGGGGGAGCAGCCAGUCUGACACACCUAUACAGAUCGUUGUGUCGUGCCUCACGAUACAACUGCAAAGAAAUGGAUGGCCCACUGAUACUGCUUUUUGUUUGGGCGUGGGAGCGUAUGCCGUUCCUGGCACCUAUACCCCGCGAUCAACUCGGCAAUAUUAGUGUUCCACUAGCGCGACGUUCAUAUGGCGGCCAUAUAUGGGAGUGGGGAUUCCGGAUGGCCUCGCUCCCCAUAUGA